CCUUGUUCGUUUCCUCGAAGCACUCGUUCGUUAAAAUUUGUGUUCUCUGUCUUUACACGUUUCCUCCGCACUAAAGAAUUCGACCAUGUUCCACCGUCUUACCCUUACUUGCGCCGCUUUGCUCAGUGUCGUGUCUGCACAGCUGACCAUCACGUCUCCUGGUACCAAUGACUGGUGGGUCGCAUCAUCGGCGAACACACUCUCGUGGACGUGUUCGACUUCUCCGUACCAGAACUUCACCAUUCUUCUUACCAACUCGGACGCUUCAAUUCUCGAUGCACCCCUUGCCAUCAUUGCCGUUCAACAAAACUAUGAUUGUUCCGAGACCAUCACCCAGCAGCAAUCCGCCCAACCCGCUGGCACCGGCUACGUUGUUCAGUUUGCCAGCACUCUGAACUCCACUGAUGUCUACGCCCAGAGCCAGCCUUUCGAGAUCAAGGCUCUUGGUUCAUCUUAUCCCACCACCACCAGCAGUGCUGGCAGUACUGCUACCGGGACUUCUUCUGGCAGUGCUGGGGCUGCACAAGCCACCAAAACCGGUGGCACCCUCGCGGAGUACGUUCCUGUGGGCAUGAGCAUGGUCGCCGCUCUUGCUCUUGGCUUGGUUGUUGCCUGAUGUCAUCCCCGGACUUGGACUCCAAAACAGAUAUCCUUUUGUUUAUUAUCUUUUUCUUCUUCGGGACCCUCCACUUUGUGGAACGUAUAACCGCCUUUGGAAUGUCAGUUUUUACAGCUUUAUGGCUUAAUGUGCGGUGUGACGAUUUUGGAUGUCGUGGUUUAACGCACUGUUGUUUUGCUACUACUUGGAUGGCGUUAUGAACUUGAUUCAGGCCGUGUGGCCUACUUGUGUAGUUGUUGGGUUCAUGGUCCGGCGUUUACCUGUAGCUUGAAGCUUCAAGAUGUGAAAUUAGUCACGACAUGUUAUGAGACUUAUAACCGAGUUAGGACCAUUGGUCUGAUUAUCGUAUCGACUGCUACUUGUUCGUUCGCGCGAAUAAAGAUUACCGUUACCCUG